CAUCCAUAAUCAUCCUACCCACUGACCAACCGUCCCCUCCUACCAUCCUCGUCAUUCGGGGAUGGUCAUCAACGCCAGCUAUAAGUUGCUGACCAGAGCCGACCGAGCACAGUAUACGACACACCGAGUCACGAAAUCACGUAAAAUGGAUUGCAAACUUAGUGCCUUAACCCUUCUCCUGGUGGCAGCAUCAGCAGUGGCGCAGUAUGGUGAGGAAUACGGAGGCUUCGACGGCUACCACAAGGCGCCGGUGCAGCUCCAUCAUCAGCAACACUUGGAUGAUCACCAUGGAGAGGAGUAUGAGUUGGAUUACCAUGCGCACCCCAAAUACUCGUUCGACUAUUCAGUGAAGGACCCCCACACGGGCGACAACAAGGAGCACUGGGAGACCAGAGACGGCGACAAGGUCAAAGGUACCUACACGCUGGUCGAAACCGACGGCACAAAGCGCGUAGUAGAAUACGAAGCCGACGACAAGAACGGUUUCAACGCCGUAGUCCACAAGAUCGGUACGCCCAAACACCACGAGGAGUAUGAAGCGAAACCAGCGCUUGAAUACGAGGCUAAACCAGCGCUGCAGCCGCUGCAUUAUCAACACGACUAUGGACAUUUCGACGAAGGAUUUGUACCUAUUGCUGGAUUCGGACAUUAAGUAUUUGUUUAAGCAGGUAAAUUGUGUAGUACGAAUGUAUGUUUUUUAACUAGAGUCAAUAUUGGUUAAAGGGCUUUCUGAGGAUGAGUUCCGUAUGUAGGAGACAUUCGCCUUGUAUAAAUGAAAGGUCGAUAUAAAACAUCGCUUUAAGAUUCAUUUCGCAAACAUCAUUUAUCAUCUCUUUCAUUAAACAUACCAAAAAGAUAUUCAUUUUAUUAAUCCUUCAAAGAAUAUACAUUCGUACAACAUUAAAGAUUUACCUGUAACUAAUUAGGACAUGUUACAUUUUUCUUUUCAAAGCUAAUAUGGUUAACUUGAGCACCCUAAUUACGGAUCUAAUGCAACAACGAACGGACGACGAUUGUGACAAAAUCAGCUUUGCGUCAACGAACAUAAGGUUUACAAUGCUUUAACAUAGCCCUAGAAUACGAUAAGUAUUAUUAAUUAAAAUGUUCCAACAAAAUGGAUUUUGUAACACAUUGCUCAAUUAGUAUAGAGAUGAGUUCAGUAUGUCUUGUUGGGAAAUGCAAUGAAUGACAGUUUUCUUUUUAAUAAUUGGAUUGCAAAAAUAUGCCCGCUGUCAAUUGAUUAUGUCAUAGAUAUGUAUUUUUUUUAAUUCGUUUUUAAUGUUGAUCGUGAAUGUAAGAAAAAAUUCAUGUCUUUUGGACAUGUCAAUUAAAGCGGGCUAGUAUGAAGUGUGAUAUAUUCGUGCGCAUACUCAUUAAGAAAAAUAUGAAUAUUUAUGAGUGUAAUAAUGAGUGGCAAACGAAUGGUAUUAUUUUAUUUAUUAGUGGCGCGAAAAGGAGUUGCGUUUCGUUUUAGUUAAGGCCUGACUGUAUUGUUCUGUUUUGUAGUUUUAAGUGUUGUACAAAACUCUUGCGAUUGAAUAAAACUGUUUAUUGUUA